AUGCUCAGCGUCCUCUCCAUCGCCAUCGCCGCGUCCGCCCGUCCCAGUCCCCAAACCUCGACCUCGUCCUGCACUGCGAACCAGCAGGAAGGAUGCUGCUCCAGCAUCGCCGCCAAACGGCACCGGCUUCGGCUGCAUCUUUUCAACUUUGAACCCCCUCGACCCAACGUGCACCUCUGGUCAGACGUUGGCGUGCUGUAA